UGCUUAUGGAUGUUGCAGUGGGAGAGUGCGAGAUCUCCGAGAGGAGAAUGGCAACAGAGAAAGUGAGGUUAGAAUAACAGAGUGCUCCAAACUCAGUUAUACUGCUCCUGGAACACCAAUGUCUCCAUAGACCAGUUUAGUUCUUCAGUAGAGGCCUUCUCUCUCCAACAAAAAUACUCACAAAAUAAAGGCUGAGUGUUCCAAGUAAAAACACUUCAGCUAAGUUCAAUAACUAUUAUUCAUGUCCUAUUUCUCUUUUUUUUUUUUUCCUCCCAAUGCAAUAGCUUCAUUGAUAUUAAUAAGCAAAGCCCUUAUGCUUAACUAUGAACUGAAGACCAGCCUAGAAGAGAAGUACUUUAUUAUCAGUGCUACAUUGCUGAGAUAUUCAGAGCUUCUUCAAGAUUUGUGAACCUAAGGUAUCAUGUCUUUCCAGCCUUUCCACUGGGGUAUCAAAGUGCAAUCUGUGAGGAAUUUACAGGUUUUCAUCAAAGAUCCGGUAAGCACAAGAUGAUAUUCUAUGAUAUAAUAGACGGAGCAGUUUUGUUAUUUCAUGGAGGACAUUGUGCUGCAUCUCAUUCCCUUCACAGUAGGUGUUUCUACCAACCUUUUCUAUGACUCUCUUAAGACUUCAUCCAGAAGGUGCCAUCAGCGCAGGACCCUUGACCUACAUUGUGAGACUGGAGAAUUUGCCGUGACGUAGAAUAAAAGAACAUGGUCGGAAAGGUACAGUCUGUUUUUAAAGGGAAACUAAAAGCCACGGCAUAAUCCCACCAUUCACAACGCCAAACGUAUUUACGAAACCAGCGAGAACCACUCCAAAAAUCUAAUCUCUUGAAUGCACAAUGGCGUGAUGUUCCAUUUCGCGACAGGUCACGACACCACCUUUCAAACACAAUGACGAACAGGUUCUCUCUUAUCAGUCUGAGGCCUAUAAAAGACGGCGGGGUCGCUAGCACAGGUUUGUGUGGGUUAGAGCAAAUCUGGUGUGGUUCCUGUGAGGAAAAUCAAAAACCUCCCGUCAUCAUGCUCAACUCGUCCUCGCUCGUUUUUGCACUUGUGCUGUUGCUCAACUCGUUUGUUCACUCGGCAACCUUAGCUUCACCUGCAAGUAGAAUUAAAGACGAUACAGCAAGCCAAGACAGCUUUAGAUCGACGAUGGACGAAGAUGCCUUGAAUUUAGCAGGACCUGAAGAUUUCUCCUCCAGAAGAUUCCCUCUCAUAGAGGGAAGGCUGGCUGAUGAAGAUGGGACGAAGAGGAUCUUUAUCCUUUCGGAUUUAGGAUCAAAAGGGGCUUCUAGGAGUGACGCAAGCUCUGGUUUUGGCCGAGCCUUCCCCGUGCUAUCACCAUGGAGAAUUGACUGGGCUCUUGCUGCAACUCAGAAGGAUGAGUGGCACAAUGCAGAUGAUCUCAUCCCCAUGGCCAAGAGAAACACGGACAAUAAGAUGCUUCGGUGCAUGAUCGGGAGGGUGUACCGACCCUGCUGGCAGGCUUGAAGAUACAGGGGAA